GCUCCGCCGAGACAGUCGCUGGAGCGGCGACGCCGCACGCCAGGUGGCGGCCCCUCGGUCCGCGCGCAGGGAACCGGGGCUCCGCGGCCCGCUGUGGGCGCUGUCCGUCGCCUCGUGGUGCUGAACCCAGCCCCACGGCCGAGCGGCCUGCUCACCCGCCUUCUCGCCUACGGAUCGCUCUGAUUGGGGCGGGGCAGGGGCAAAAGGGAGCCCUUGAGCAGCUGCCCACUGGAGACGAGGGACUGAAACAGAACAGUUAGAAACGGCAGCCCGGCCACUGGUCCUGAUGUGCAGAGGAGACGCGCGCUGCAGCCGGCGGCGGCGCUAGUGCUGAUUCAUCACCUAGAGCGCCUCACAGGCCAUCGCGAGGGCAGCCGACUGGCUCUGGACUCUGGCCGCAGGUUGAAGCCGCUGGCGCAGGAGCCUCGCAGGCAGGAGGUGAGGACCCUCUCCCUUCUCUUGCCCCCAGUGGUCCUAGGGCGGUGGCCCCAGGACUGAGAGAGGGGCGUGCCCCGGGGCUGUGAAGUGGUCAUGCCUGUGUAAUGCCCUCGCUUGCAGUCUCUCCGGUGCUAACCACGCUUGGUCCCCUCCGCCUGUCUCUGGAGCUCGGGUCGUUCCACAUCCCACCCUGAGCAGCUCGGUCUGCCCGCGCCGCGAUGGAGGAGGAGCUGAAGUGCCCCGUUUGCGGCUCCCUGUUUCGGGAGCCCAUCAUCUUGCCCUGUUCCCACAACGUCUGCCUUCCGUGUGCUCGUACCAUCGCUGUGCAGACACCGGACGGUGAGCAGCACCUGCCCCAGCCACUCCUGCACUCCCGGGGCUCGGGGCUCCCGGCCGGCGCCGCUGCGGCGCCCCCUCUGGACCACGACGCUGCGGCUGGCCCAGCCUGCGGCGGCGCGAGCGGGAGCGCAGCUGGCGGCCUGGGCGGCGGUGCGGGAGGUGGCGGGGACCACGCGGACAAGCUGAGCUUGUACAGUGAGACAGACAGUGGUUAUGGUUCCUACACCCCGAGCCUCAAGUCCCCCAACGGGGUUCGCGUGCUGCCCAUGGUGCCUGCACCGCCUGGCUCCUCGGCCGCCGCGGCCCGGGGUGCCGCCUGCUCCUCGCUGUCUUCGUCCUCCUCAAGCUCCAUCACGUGUCCGCAGUGCCACCGCAGCGCGUCCCUGGACCACCGAGGCCUGCGCGGCUUCCAGCGCAAUCGGCUGCUCGAGGCCAUCGUGCAACGGUACCAGCAGGGCCGCGGGGCGGUGCACGGGGCGUCCGCAGCCGCUGCAGUGGCCAUCUGCCAGUUGUGCGACCGCACCCCGCCGGAACCGGCCGCCACGCUAUGCGAGCAGUGCGACGUGCUCUACUGCGCUGCCUGCCAGCUCAAAUGCCAUCCAUCCCGCGGACCCUUCGCUAAGCAUCGCCUCGUGCAGCCGCCGCCACCACCCGCGCCUGCCGAGGCCGCCUCAGCAUCCCCAGGCGCGGCCCAGGGCGCCCCCAGCGGAGGCGGCGGCUGCAAGAGCCCGGGGGGCGCCGGGGCGGCGGGGGGCAGCGCUGCCCGCAAGUUCCCUACGUGCCCCGAACACGAAAUGGAGAACUACAGCAUGUACUGCGUGAGCUGCCGAACCCCGGUGUGCUAUCUGUGCCUGGAGGAGGGCCGUCACGGCAAGCACGAGGUGAAGCCGCUGGGAGCCAUGUGGAAACAGCACAAGGCCCAACUGUCCCAGGCCUUAAACGGGGUUUCGGAUAAGGCGAAGGAAGCAAAGGAGUUUCUGGUCCAGCUGAAGAACAUCCUGCAGCAGAUCCAGGAAAACGGGCUGGACUACGAAGCCUGCCUGGUUGCUCAGUGUGACGCUCUGGUCGACGCUUUAACUCGGCAGAAAGCCAAGCUGCUCACCAAGGUCACCAAAGAGAGGGAGCACAAGCUGAAGAUGGUUUGGGACCAGAUCAAUCACUGUACACUGAAGCUGCGCCAGUCGACGGGGCUGAUGGAGUACUGCCUGGAGGUGAUCAAGGAGAACGACCCCUCCGGCUUCCUGCAGAUCUCAGAUGCUCUGAUCAAGCGUGUCCAGGUGUCUCAGGAGCAGUGGGUCAAAGGCGCCCUGGAGCCAAAAGUGUCUGCGGAGUUCGACUUGACCUUGGACAGCGAGCCGCUGCUGCAGGCCAUCCACCAGCUGGACUUCAUCCAGAUGAAAUGUAGGGUGCCGCCCAGCCCCCUGCUGCAGCUGGAGAAGUGCUGUACCCACAACAACAGCGUCACGCUGGCCUGGAGGAUGCCACCCUUUACCCACAGCCCCGUGGACGGCUACAUCCUGGAGCUGGACGAUGGCGACGGGGGCCAGUUCCGGGAAGUGUAUGUUGGUAAAGAGACCCUGUGCACCAUCGACGGUCUGCAUUUCAACAGCACCUACAACGCCAGGGUCAAGGCAUUCAACUCCUCUGGCGUCGGGCCUUACAGUAAAACUGUCGUCCUGCAGACGUCUGAUGUGGCCUGGUUCACCUUUGACCCCAACUCUGGGCACCGGGACAUCAUUUUAUCCAAUGACAACCAGACGGCCACAUGUAGCAGCUACGACGACCGGGUGGUGCUGGGCACGGCGGCUUUCUCCAAGGGCGUGCACUACUGGGAGCUGCACGUGGACCGGUACGACAACCACCCGGACCCCGCGUUCGGGGUGGCCCGGGCCAGCGUGGUCAAGGACAUGAUGCUGGGCAAGGACGACAAGGCCUGGGCCAUGUACGUGGACAACAACCGCAGCUGGUUCAUGCACUGCAACUCCCACACCAACAGAACGGAAGGUGGCGUGUGCAAGGGGGCCACUGUCGGCGUGCUCCUGGACCUGAAUAAGCACACUCUGACCUUCUUCAUCAAUGGGCAGCAGCAGGGCCCCACCGCCUUCAGCCACGUGGAGGGGGUCUUCAUGCCGGCCCUCAGCCUCAACCGCAACGUGCAGGUCACCCUGCACACGGGACUGGAAGUGCCAACAAACCUGGGGCGGCCCAAGCUGUCCAGCAACUAGCCUCCCAGCUCCAACUGCUCACCGGCAUCUGGCAAGAGACCCCCCCCACCCCUCACUACGUUCAAAGAACCCACAAGGGUAGGACGAUUGUGUCACAGGUGCAGCCCCAGCAGCCACUGAGUAUCUUAGAGAAAAGUUUUCUUUGGGAGAUGCAGAAGAGGUCUGCGAGCCAUGCUUGUUAGGGUGUCUGGUUAAACUGGCCACUUGCGAAAGUGACCAGUGGUUGGUGGUGGAGGUGGGUGUGUGUGUCCCUUUCAUUCCUCCUGGACAUUGCAAAUACUCCCAAAGAAGGACCUUUCUCAUGUUUCCUGCCAUCUGUUUUCAAAGCUCAUCUUUUGGGGGAGGGAGGCAUGAGGAGGGCAGACUGGCACCCUGAGAGCAGGAGGCAGGAAGACAGUUUGGAUUCCCAUGCUCCAAGCGUUGACCCUUUGCCGGGACACCACUCAGUCCCGAGGCUGCAGGUUCUCACCUUCGCCAGGAAAUGUGAUCCUUUUGCUUCUAGGUCCUGGAGGUUCCACUCGGUUAUGCCCUUGCAAACCUCAAACAAGGUCGAUAGAAAGGGGCACUGAUAUGGACCUUCACCACUCCCACCGAUCUGUUGAGAACCUUUUAAAAUGGUUUUCUUUGGUCCUUCGUUAAUCAACCAGUCUCUGUCUCUCUCUCUCUCUAUGUGUGUGUGUGUGUCUGUCUGUCUCUUUGUCUCUCUCUCUCUCUCUCUUUCUCUUGCACGCAUACGCACGCACACACACCACACACGCCCGUAGUUUGCUAAAAUUCAUUCACUCGGUUGUUCUUAAACACAAAGGAAAACACGGACAUCUGGAAUGAUAGUGUGAGGAGUCGUCACCCGGUGGCUCUUUCUGGAACUGCAAGCCUGUCUGAGUUGCUCUCUUCCAGGCCUGGGACCCCCCUCCCCAACUCAGAGCAGGAAAGGUGGGGGGCCCUGGGGAAGCCGCUUAGAGCCGCCUCCCUUUGCUUGGAGACCCACCCUACUGUCAUCCUGGAAGCAGGAGGUGGCCCCAGGAGCAGGCGUGGUUCUGCUCUGGCGGGGGAGGGGGGCAGGUCCUCCGAAGAAGGCAGGAAACAGCAAUAUCAGCGAGUUCCUCGCCCCUCAGUCUCCCAGGGGGACCUUGGGUGUCCGGAGCUCUAGAGGCCCAGGUGGGGCCUCCUUGCUGGGAACACAGACCUUCUCCCAGGAGACGCGCGGGAGUGAUAUGCGUCUUUCGGAAAGGGAGCUCGCUUUCGGGGCUCUGAGCCUGGAGCCUGCCUUGCUCCUGUCCCCAGAGCACCUUCCCGUCCUCUUCUUCUUUUCCUCCCUGUCACCUGCCACCCCCACUUUCCAUCUGGUAGUGAAACGUUCUGUCUCCUUUUUUUAAAAGAAUCUAUUUUAUCAAGCAUUUUAUUUUGUCCACUUGCUGGAUCGGAUUUUUAUAAAACUCAGCCCGUAAACCAGCAGCAACUGUGUUGACUCGGUUCUACCUGCUCAUUGAGACGCUGCCCUUGCUUUCUGAGUCUCCCCGGCUGAUGCUGUGUAGACCCUGCCCCUAGCAGCAGAUCCGACAAUCCUACCUCAGAGCCCGCGCCCUUGGAUUGCAAGGCUGCCUUGUCCUCGCCCUGUGGGCAGGUGUGGCGGGCUAGGCCAGCCGCCGGCAUCUUCAGGAGCUGCCUGGUGCUGUCUCAGCCUCUGUGCCGGUCCUGGCAGCCACCUGCCAGGGAUGCUGAGGUCCUGCCUCUUCAUUCUCCGCCUGCUGCGUGGUUCCUUGGGUGCACGGAGGCACUCCUUGUCGUGUCCCAGAGCUCCGCCAGAUCGCCCCGCUGGGGAUGUCCC